AUAUAAUGAUAUAAUGUUAGAUAGAUAAUGUCCAGUAAUAAGUAUAAUACCGUAGCAGCGAAUAAAUAAAAAAUGCUAGUGGGUCCAUGGCAUUGUAAUUAGUACUAAUGAAUAAAUAAUGAUUUUUUUUUCUAAGCCUAACAACGUUGAUCCCCAAGAAAGCAGUUUAUAGAAGUUUAUGAGCAACGGUCGACAAGAUGCAUAUACUUCCUUUGUGCUUUACAAUUUUUCAAUUUUGUGGUUUUUGGCGACCAAUUAAUUAUACGUCAUGGAGCAAAUUUUUGUACAAUUGCUAUACAGUAUUUGUGACAUUUUGCAUUUAUAGCUUCACCCUGUCUCAAGCGAUAAAUAGCAUAACAGUGCUUGAUGACGUUAACAAUUUGACUAACAAUACAUUUAUGCUUGUGACAAUGAUUAGUGUUUGCUGUAAAAUUGCGAAUAUAUUAGUAAAGCGCGAGGCAGUAAUUAACGCGAUUAAUAUGUUCUUGGAAAAUUUUGAGGAUCUUGUAGAGCAGAAGAUAAAAAAGAAAUAUGAUUUGAUAGCUUGGUUUGUAUAUAGAAUAGAUAACGUGUACAUUAAAUUAAUUGAAGUUGAUUUGUUUUUAUCGUUUCUUUAUGUCAAUAGGUCAGUUACACGGAAUUAUUCAAUACUGGUAACGAUCACGGCAAUAUGUUACAUUGUGAUACCUUUGGUAAUUAAUGAUAUUGAAAAACGAGUUUUACCAAACCGAGCAUGGUAUCCUUAUGAUUUAUCAUCAUUAACAUUAUUUUGGUUGACUUACGUGCAUCAAAGUUUUGCCCUGGCGUCAGCAGCCUUCAUCAAUGUUGCUAAUGACACAUUUAUUCCGGGAUUGAUGAUUCAAAACUGUGCUCAGCUGGAAAUACUGGAGCAUCGUGUGGAGAAGUUGAUAAUAUUAACAAGAAGUAAAAAAACUGAAAAUGAGACAAAGAAGGAGUAUAAAGAAAUUUUGGAAAAAUGUAUUCUUUAUCAUAAUCGAAUAAUAAAAAUUACCAAAAUUAUUGAAAAAAUUUUUGAUCCGGUAAUUUUCGUACAGUUUCUUGUAACGGUUUUGACACUGUGCUCAAGUGUGUUUCAACUUUCAAGACACAGCAUAUUGAGCGUUGAAAUUAUUCGUUUAAUACUUUAUUUGAUCUGCAUGUUAUUCCAAUUGUUUUUUUACUGUCAUCACGGUAACCAAUUACUUCUGAAGAGUGUCGAGGUUGGCAACGAUUUAUACAAAAUGGACUGGUUAUCAUUGUCACCUUCUCGAAGAAAGGAUUUAUUGAUGAUCAUGAUCAGAACCAAUAAGCCAAUACAAUUAACACUUGGUGGCAUAAUAACUUUGUCCUUGAGUGCUUAUAUGAGUAUAUUAAAAGCAUCGUACUCAGCAUUCAACUUGUUGCAGCCAACAUCUGGAAAAAGUGUCGGAUACCAAAGAAUGGUCUACAAGAUGGAUAUACUUCCAUUGUGCUUUACAAUUUUUCAAUUUUGUGGUUUUUGGCGACCAAUUAAUUAUACGUCAUGGAGCAAAUUUUUGUACAAUUGCUAUACAGUAUUUGUGACAUUUUGCAUUUAUAGCUUCACCCUGUCUCAAGCGAUAAAUAGCAUAACAGUGCUUGAUGACGUUAACAAUUUGACUAACAAUACAUUUAUGCUUGUGACAAUGAUUAGUGUUUGCUGUAAAAUUGCGAAUAUAUUAGUAAAGCGCGAGGCAGUAAUUAACGCGAUUAAUAUGUUCUUGGAAAAUUUUGAGGAUCUUGUAGAGCAGAAGAUAAAAAAGAAAUAUGAUUUAAUAGCUUGGUCAGUUACACGGAAUUAUUCAAUACUGGUAACGAUCACGGUAAUAUGUUACAUUGUGAUACCUUUGGUAAUUAAUGAUAUUGAAAAACGAGUUUUACCAAACCGAGCAUGGUAUCCUUAUGAUUUAUCAUCAUUAACAUUAUUUUGGUUGAGUUACGUGCAUCAAAGUUUUGCCCUGGCGUCAGCAGCCUUCAUCAAUGUUGCUAAUGACACAUUUAUUCCGGGAUUGAUGAUUCAAAACUGUGCUCAGCUGGAAAUACUGGAGCAUCGUGUGGAGAAGUUGAUAAUAUUAACAAGAAGUAAAAAAACUGAAAAUGAGACAAAGAAGGAGUAUAAAGAAAUUUUGGAAAAAUGCAUUCGUUAUCAUAAUCGAAUAAUAAAAUUUGCCAAAAUCAUUGAAAAAAUGUUUGAACCCGUAAUUUUCGUGCAGUUUUUUGUAACGGUUUUGACACUGUGCUCAAGUAUGUAUCAACUUUCAAGGCAUAGCACAUUGAUCGUUGAAAUUAUUAAUUUAAUAUUUUAUUUAAUCUCCAUGUUAUUCCAAUUGUUCUUUUACUGCCAUCGCGGUAACGAAUUAUUUCUAAAGAGUAUAGAGGUUGGCGACAAUUUAUACAAAAUGGACUGGUUAUCAUUGAGACCUUCUCGAAGAAAGGAUUUAUUAAUAAUCAUGAUCAGAACCAAUAAACCAAUACAAUUAACAAUUGGUGGCAUAAUAACUUUGUCCUUCAGUGCUUAUAUAAGUAUAUUAAAAGCAUCAUAUUCAGUAUUCAACUUGUUGCAACAAACAUCUGAAAAAUGAAAUGACGUAUAAUUCAAAUUCAAGCAAUAUAAUAACGAUUAGAAAAACUGUCUGAAAAUAGCGUAUGGUCAAUACCUGAAAAGAUAAAAUUAGAAAAACUGUAUUAAUCUUGUCUACUAUUAACUCUGUGUUAGGCGCGUGGAUCUUACUAACGGGUUAAGGCGCGUAGUAUACGACCAUAGAUCAUUUUAACACGUCGAAUGCCAAAGGGGUCGCCGGUGACAGGCGAAGCUAAGAUUACUGGAAACACAUAAUUCGAGUAAAUUUCAAUCCCCCCAAAAAGCACUUACGUGUAAAAAACUAUGCCAAGUACAGACCUGCUACGAAUUCCUCUAACAAGAAGUAUUAUUAAUGCCAAGUACAUGAAAGUUAGUACCAAGAAAGGCGUUACAGGAAAUUUUGAAAAUACAUUUGAAACAAUGGGCUAGUGCUAGAUCGUAUAAUAAGCAUAUACGUAGAGACUUAUGUACUUGGUAUUAAUAAUAUGAUUUCAAUAAUUAUUUUUAGAGGAACUCACAGCACUCCUGUACUCGGCGUAGUUUUUUACACGUACUUAAGUGUUUUUUGGGGAGUCAAGAGUUGACUCGGCUAAAGAGUCUCGGCGGUCCGUGCCCAGUGCAGCCGAUUGCCUGUAGUUGGCGCGAGAGUCGACAUAGUUUCUUGAUCCUGCGAACCCAAGAAAUGCGUUCCAGCACCGUGGGGGGUCACCGGUGGAGCCCCAGUAAGAUAAAUGCGUCACAUGUGAUUACACACUUUUUUUAACUUGUCUAUUGGUAAAUAUUAUUUUAUUAUAAUACGUAAGGCAUAAUAAGAACGUCAUGUUGAACGUCAGAUUAUGAUUUUUUCUUUUUCUUUUUUUUACAGCUAUUACGUUUAAUGGAGCACUAAAGAGAAAAAUGUUUAAGGUCUGAGUCACGCACCUAACGAAGAGUUAAAAAAAUCAAUAACUUUACUCAUUAUUAACAAAUGCACCUGUACUGUGCACUCCGUAUCAUAAGAUAAUUGCAAAACUUUUCUAAUGUCUGUUACAAUGAGGAUAUUAAUAAAUCAGUUGCGUAGGGUAGUAAGAA